AAAAAAUCAACAAAUUGGCAUCGACUUAAAAGAAGGAAAAAAAUAAGAAAUUCUUUUCUUUUUUUUUUCCAAUUCCGACUCCUUACACUCUCCCAUGUAACCCGAAAAGCUCCAAAAUUUCUUCAGAGUUUACUUCACGUUAUUCUCCAAUUUCCAUCAUUGGAAUCUUCGAAGAGCAAUUAAUAUGAUUUUUCCUGAGUUCAGUGUUGGGUUUGAAUAGUUGCUGGCUUCUUCAUUGAAAUAUACUUUUCGCUUUUACUGAGAAUCUUGAUUGAAUAUGGGGGAUCUUAUUACACAAUCUCAAAAAAAUGGAUUUAAUGGAGAACUUGUUAAGCCCUGUAAAGGUGCUUUCGCUUGUAUGAUUAAUUCUGAAAUUGGGGCUGUACUGGCUGUUAUGAGGAGAAAUGUUCGGUGGGGAGUCCGCUAUGUUUCAGAUGAUGACCAGCUUGAGCACUCUCUUAUCCGUUCCUUGAAAGAAUUGCGGAAACAAAUUUUUUCAUGGCAACAUCAGUGGCAAAAUGUUGACCCGGUUGUUUAUCUCCUGCCAUUUUUGGAUGUAAUUAAAUCUGAUGAAACUGGUGCGCCAAUAACUGGUGUUGCCUUGUCUUCCAUUUAUAAGAUCUUGACCCUUGAUGUACUUGAUUUGGAUACUGUGAACGUGGAAGAAGCUAUGCAUCUGAUUGUUGAUGCAGUGACAAGUUGCCGAUUUGAAGUAACUGAUCCAGCUUCUGAAGAAGUGGUACUAAUGAAGAUACUUCAGGUUCUUUUGGCUUGCAUGAAAAGUAAAGCAGCACCUAGGUUGAGUAAUAAGCAUGUAUGCAUGAUAGCAAAUACAUGCUUUCGUAUUGUUCAUCAAGCAAGCUCAAAAGGUGAACUGUUGCAGCGGAUAGCUCGGCAUACAAUGCAUGAACUAAUUAGGUGUAUUUUCUCUCAUCUUCCUGAGAUUGGCAGCACUGAACAUGAGAUGUCUAACGGAAGGUCGUUAUAUGCUUCCGGAGUGCAGGUGGGUGCACAGAACGGGAACCAUGUGGUUGGAAGUACAAUGGUAGAAAAUGGAAAUGUGGGUAUCAGUUGUGAUGGUCCGUCCUCCCUUAGCGAUGCUUCUAGUCCUCCAAUCGUGAAGUCUGGUCCUGAAACUGACUCAAGCAACUUUGGGGAAAGUGAUGGUACGGAGGAUGCCCAACGUGCUGAUGUAUUGAUGUCAGCACCUUUUGGGAUACCAUGCAUGGUGGAGAUAUUUCAAUUUUUGUGCUCUCUGUUAAAUGUCAUUGAAAAUAUAGGUAUUGGCCCUAAAUCGAAUCCUGUAGCAUAUGAUGAAGAUGUUCCGCUCUUUGCCCUGGGUUUAAUUAAUUCAGCGAUAGAAUUGGGUGGGCCAUCAUUCGGCAAGCAUCCCAAGUUAUUGGCUAUAAUUCAGGACGACUUGUUUCAUAAUCUGAUGCAAUUUGGCUUAUCCAUGAGCCCUCUUAUUCUUUCUACCGUAUGUAGCAUCGUUCUCAACCUGUAUCAUCAUUUGCGCUGGGAACUAAAAGUGCAGCUUGAAGCUUUCUUUACAUAUGUGCUUUUGAAGCUUGUUCAAAGCAAGCAUGGGUCUUCAUACCAACAGCAGGAGGUUGCUAUGGAAGCUUUGGUCGACCUUUGCAGGCAGCAGACCUUUGUGGCUGAGAUGUAUGCUAAUUAUGAUUGUGACAUAUCCUGCAGUAAUGUUUUUGAAGACAUUGCCAACAUGUUGUCAAAGAGCGCAUUUCCCGUGAAUGGACCUUUGUCUGCAAUGCAUAUCCUUGCUCUGGAUGGUUUGGUAUCUACAGUAAAGGGUAUGACUGAGAGAAUCGGUUAUGAAUUGCCUAUUCCGAAUGAGUCAUCGACAGAUCAUGAGGGAUAUGAAGCUUUCUGGACAUCAAAAUGUCAGAAUUACAGUGACCCUAGUUCUUGGAUUCCUUUUGUCCGUAAAAUGAAGCACUUGAAGAGAAAGUUGGCAAUUGGAGCUGACCAUUUUAAUCGAGAUCCCAAGAAAGGUCUGGAAUUUCUCCAAGGAAUCCAUCUAUUACCAGAGAAGCUUGAUCCAGAAAGUGUAGCAUCAUUCUUUAGGUACACAGUUGGGUUAGAUAAGAAUCUUAUCGGAGAUUUUCUGGGAAAUCAUGAUGAAUUUUGUGUUCAGGUGCUUCAUGAAUUUGUCAAGACCUUCAAUUUUAAAGACAUGAAUCUAGAUUCAGCAUUACGGGUUUUCUUGGGAACUUUCAGAUUGCCCGGAGAAUCACAGAAGAUACAGAGAGUGCUAGAGGCUUUUUCUGAAAGAUAUUAUGAGCAAUCGCCACAUAUAUUGUGUAACAAAGAUGCUGCCCUUGUGUUGUCAUAUUCACUUAUAUUGCUCAAUACAGAUCAACACAAUGUACAGGUUAAGAAAAAGAUGACUGAAGAAGAUUUUAUCCGUAACAAUCGACUCAUCAAUGGGGGGAAAGAUCUUCCUCGAGAGUACUUGUCUGAGCUUUUCCACUCUAUCUGUGAGAACGAAAUUCAAAUGAUCCCAGACCAAGAUGCUGGUGUCCCAGUAAUGACAUCAAGCCGCUGGAUUAAUGUGGUGAACAAAUCCAAAGGAAGCACCCCUUUUAUUGCCUGCGAUUCCAGAGCACUCCUUGACCAUGAUAUGUUUACUAUCCUUUCCGGUCCCACAAUUGCAGCUUUGUCCGUGGUUUUCGAUCAAGUGGAACAAGAAGAUGUCUUACAAAUGUGCAUUGAUGGAUUCUUGGCCAUUGCCAAACUUUCAGCGCACUAUCACUUUGGUGAUGUAUUGGAUGAUUUGGUUGUGUCUCUUUGUAAAUUUACGAACCUUUCAACUCCAUUGUCUAUUGAAGAGGCCAUUGUUUCCUUCGGAGAUGAUUCACGAGCUAGGAUGGCAACCAAAACAGUUUUCACAAUAGCAAAUAGUUAUGGUGAUUGCAUCCACAGUGGCUGGACGAACAUAUUGGAUUGUGUCUUAAGCUUGCACAAGCUCAACCUCCUGCCUGCCCGUCUAGCUAGUGACACAGCUGAUGAAACCGAGUCCUCGUCUGACCACGAGCGGGGUAAGUCUGCUACUAGUUCGUUACGAAGAUUGAAGACAGCACCUGCGGCCAUUCCCCGGAAAUCUUCAAGCCUGAUUGGUCGGUUCAGUCAAUUCCUAUCCUUUGAUAUUGAGGAGCCGACAUUGUAUCCAACCGAGGAAGAGCUCGCUGCUCAACGGCGCCUUCGUGAGAUAGUGCAGGAAUGCCACGUCGAUAAUAUAUUCAUGGAGAGCAAGUUUCUCCAAGCAGAGUCUUUAUUGCAGCUUGUCGAGGCCAUUAUCUUGGCUGCAAGUCGUUUCAGCAAGGGAACUGGGGUCAUGGAAGAUGAAGACACUGCUGUGUUCUGCCUGGAGUUGCUGAUAGUUAUCACACUAAAUAACCGGGAUAGAAUUUUGAUAAUCUGGCAAAAGGUAUACAAGCACAUAUCAGAUAUUGUCCAGCAGAAGGCGGUACCAUGUGCGCUAGUUGAAAAAGCUGUAUUUGGGCUCCUUAAGAUAUGCCAGCGCUUGCUUCCUUACAAGGAAAAUAUAACCGACGAACUUCUAAAGUCCAUGCAACUAAUAUUGAAACUUGAUGCUCGGGUUGCUGAUGCGUAUUGUGAACCUAUCACACAAGAAGUCAUGCAUCUCGUGAAAGCAAAUGCCACUCACAUCAGAUCCCAUUUGGGUUGGCGCACAAUCAUUUCCUUGCUAUAUAUCACCGCUCGACAUCCAGAAGCAUCUGAGUUCGGAUUUGAAGCACUAGCAUUCAUCAUGUCUGAGGGGGCACACCUUUUGCCAUCUAAUUAUGUUCUUUGUGUGGAUGCAGCGAGGGAGUUUGCCGAGUCUCGGGUUGCAGAGGUUGAUAGGUCGAUUUCUGCCCUAGACAUGAUGGCGGGUUCAGUUGUUUGUCUUGUAAGAUGGUCUUAUGAAACCAAGAAUGCUGUGGAGGAGGAGGCUGCUAUGAAAGUGAGUCGGGAUAUCGGAGAGAUGUGGCUGAGGUUGGUGCAAGGACUAAGGGCAGUCUGUUUGGACCAGAGGGAAGAGGUGCGGAACCAUGCCAUUUUAAUGUUGCAGAGUUCUUUAGGAGGGGUAGAUGGAAUUCAGAUUCCAAAUGCUAUGUGGUUCCAGUGUUUUGAUCAUGUGAUUUUUACGUUAAUGGAUGAUUUGCUAGAAAUUGCAGAGGAGAGCUCCCCAAAAGAAUACCGGAAAAUAGAGGGUACCCUUGUCUUAGCGACAAAAUUACUGUCAAAAGCUUUCUUACAGUCACUGCAGGAUCUAUCACAGCAACCAUCCUUCUGCAAACUAUGGCUUGGGGUUCUUGAUCGUAUGGAGAGAUACGUGAAAGUCAAGUUCCGAGGAAAACGUAGUGAAAAAAUUCAUGAAUUAGUCCCUGAGCUUCUCAAGAACACACUGCUGGUGAUGAAAACAACGGGUAUUCUUGUGCCGAGUGAUGAUCUGGGUGGAGAGAGUUUUUGGCAACUGACAUGGCUGCAUGUGAAGAACAUUGUCCCAUCUUUGCAAUCCGAAGUGUUCUCGGAACAAGAACUGGAGCAGGUACAAGGAAAACACCAAAAGAAAACCGGAAUUCCUUCGACUGAUGGGGCAGUGCUGGUUCCAUCAAAUGAAACCGCAGCUUGAAGGAGAAUCCCAGAACAUAAAUCUGUUAUAAGAUUAUGUAAAAUUGCAAAACCUCGGGAAAGUCAGAGAAUUUUUUUUAUCUUUUUUUGUUCAUCAGAGAGUCGAGAAUUGAAGGCAUGAAAAAGGAAAGUUUGAUAGAUUGGUUAUGGCAGCUUCAUAAUUUUCGUUGUAGUUGAACUUGGAAUCGGAGGUUUUUUAUUCCUUAAUUCAAAGUGUUUGCAGGUAGGCAAUCAGACUUUACCACAAACCAUUUCCUUUGUAUACUAUACUUAUACCAUCAUGAUAAUAAAUUUUAUAUUAAUUA